AUGGUAUUCAUGGAUGUGACAGCGAAAAUCAUGCUUGGAGAUGAGGCUCUGUGCUCUAACUGUCCGGUCGUGGUGGACAGUGGACAAAGCUUGAACAGCGCUCCGGAAGCGCAAAUCCGCCAGAUCAACGGUCAAUUUCUGUUUGCACGGGAAGAUGAAGGAUUAUUCUAUCUAAACUGCGCGAACAAAUGCAAGGGUCGCCCAAUUACACUUGUUUUUUCUGAAGAUGCACAGUUUGCACUGGACAAUUAUUUCCUGGA